AUGGACUUUAAUGUAAUACAGUUUAUACAUCUUCAUUCGGAACUUCGUAAAAUAUCUUGUGAAAUUGACUCGAUAUUUGGAGCACAGAUGACUUUUAAAAUGGGAUGUAAUUUUUGUUGGUUAGCGCUCGACUUACGUGAAAUUUUUAGCGUAGUACUCUUCAACAAUUAUAUCACGUCUAAUAAAAUACUAUACGCUAUUGUAAUGCUACUCUGGCUUUGUCAUAACCUUUUUAAACUCUUCUUCAUUAAUUAUGUAUGCGAAACAGUCAGCACCAAGGCAAAUGCAACAGGAAAUUUAAUGAAAAAAAUACCGUAUUCUACUUGUGAUGAUGAAAUUCGUGAAAAUAUAUCAAUGUUUCUACUGCAAAUAACACAAGCGCCAGUCAGAUUCUAUGGAAUUGGACUUUUCCAAUUUGGCUACAAAUUUCUUUACGGGUUCAGCUCAUCAAUUAUGACCGUCGUAGUUCUACUAAUACAAGCAUUAAUAAAUAAACAAACAUUUUAA